AUGGACAUUUUCGCUGCCACGUCAUCUAUCUGCAAGAAUGUCGAAGACUAUUCAAUCAUCUCCCAAAAGGGUGACAUGUUGAUUGAUGAAGUUAGUGUUUAUGCCAUGCGCGAUACAAUCCAAUGGUGGACUCACUGGCACGGAUCGCUCAAGGACCAUUGCUGGAAACAUAUCUAUACUGCAUUUUCUACGGUUGUUGAAGACAUCUCGAUUCCUCCACACCACCUGAUGAAUGGACAGUUCCGGCUCCUUGGAAAUUCAUUGGCAGACUUACUCGAGGGUCUUCGAAAGGAAGGAGUGGGCCCACAGAACGUUGCCUUUAUGGAAAUGUGCCUAUUACGACAGUAUUUGGUUCAAUACUACGUUAAGCAAGACCAAGAACUGAGAGAUAAACUUUGCAUACAUUCCGCUUUCGCUGAGAAUUGGCGACAUAUUUUGACAAACACUUAUGGCGUAACUAUGAGCGUCCUCAUGGCAAAGCAGACAGAAGCCACUGGGCUUGCUGAUAUUGCUGUCAAGAUCACACCUAUUGUGGACGCUAUCUCCAUGGACUUAAUCAAGGGAGAGUCGGCUGCCUCUCCCGAUUUUGCGGUGGCUUUCGAAGACAAUCGGCACUAUCCAAGACAUGAUUUGUUAGAAGUCUAUACCAGAUAUAUGACACUUCUUGGUCUACAUCCAAGCGCACCACUAUUGAGCCGGUCGGUAUCAUCAGGAUUGCACUUUGUUCCCAUGAUGGAUGGAGCUCGUGAGCGAAUCAAGCAUGUUCGGUUCCCAAUGUCGGUUUCUUUGCGCCAUAUGAUUGAAUCUUACGUGAAAGCAUGA